CUAUUAGCACAUUUUUCGAUACUGAGAAAUAAAACACUUGGAUAUUUUCACUUGGCAGCUGUUUUUCUAGAUCCAAGUCACCCGACAAAAUCAAAAAUACAAUCCUAAAAUUUAAAGUUUAAAAAAAAUCCGUUUUUUGUGUUGUCAACUUGAUAAAUAGCCCUAUGUCAAAAGACUGGAAGUUGCAUAAAGUUCGAGUAGCAUAUUACAUUAUGAGGACUAUCUGUCAGUUACUGCUAAAAUUACCUGAAGCCAACGACUUAAGGGAAUUCAAAAGAAAACCACCUAAAAGACAAUGAGCCUAAAACUGGAGCACGGGAAAAUCAAAAUGGAGAAUAUUAAGAAACAAAUUAUGACUAGCAUUUAACUUAAGGGGUAGAAUGUGCAUUUUAAAAGCUGCCGCCCGCAGAUCUGAGUCCAGAGAGCAGCUGAGAGAGCUUUGUCUGUCUGUGUAAGCGAGAGAGAGAAAGAGAGAGUGAGAAAGAAAAAGAGAGAGCGCACAGACAUUUGCUCAGCAGCCUGGAAGCUGCAGCCCACAAAAUGUCCCCGUUAGUAACAGAAAACUAUUGAGAGCAGUCAGGUCUAGGCUGAGUAGCUUGGGCCCAGAGUCGAGUAGGCUGUAUGGGCGAAUCAUAAAACGAAAUUUAAUUAAAAUAUCAAACGGCAGCUAAAGCAAUACUAAUAACCAAAAUAUAAUUAAUAAUAAAAAUGGCACAAAUCAUGCUAAAUGGUGCGAAUGCGGCGAAUAUGGCAAAUAAUAAUGGCAGCGUUGAGGAGAAUGAACCUUAUCCAAUCAGCGACGAUGAGCUGGACGACCUGGACGACGACUGCCUGCUGGAGGAGACGGAGCUGUCGGGCGGUGUGAACAGCAUUGGACGCGGUCCGUACGAGCGCGCCUGGACAACGGAGGCGACACGCGCCCUCAUACACAUACGCGGCCCCAUGGAGGGCAGCUUCACGGAGGGCAGACAGAAGCGUACGGCGCUCUGGCUGCACUGCACCCGCCAGCUGCAGCGCCUGGGCUUUCGGUAUAGCGCCGCCAAGGUGCAAAAGAAGUGGCACAACAUACUCAUCACCUACAACAAGAAUCUGAACAAGAAGUAUGUCUCCGGCUAUGUGCACUGGGAGUUCUUCGAGGAGAUGUUCAAGUACUUGCAGGGCAAGAAGGCCGACUUUGAUAUGCAGCUGCAGCCGGCGGGAGCCGCGGUGCAGGCACAGCCACAGCCACCACAGUCGCAGCAGCAGCAACAAACCCAGCUGCAGCUGCAACCGCAACAGGAGCUGCUGCAGUACCAGAAGCCAGCGACGCCCCAAUUGCAGGACACACAGCCCUACAUAACGCCCGUGGAUCAGGUGCUGCUGCAGCCGCAGGUGCAGCUGGACAGCAAGUCGAACGACGAGUUCGACGAGGACAGCAACAGCCUGUCCGAGGUGCGUCAGCCCAAGCUCGAGUACGAUGCGGACCAGACAGGCAGCACCACCCAGGAGCGGGAGAACGACAGCAGCGAGAUGGCGAUGGCGCCCAGCGGCAAGUUGUACGAGCAGCAUGCGCCGCCGCCGGCGCCGUCGGACGAUGGUUGGUGGAAGGAUUACUUCGAGCGCAAGCUGGACGUGGAGCGCGAGAAGAUGGAGCUGCAGCGCAGUUUGCAGCGCGAACAGGUGCAGAUCCAGAAAAUGUCCCUCGUCCAGCAGGAGCGCAUCGAGCGCAUGAAAAUCGAUGCCAUCAACAGCCUGACCGCCACCUUGCAGAAGCUCGUCGAGGCCAAGUGCCGGCGCGCCUAGCCCCGCAUCGGGUGGUCCAACAGGCCUAGAUUCAACUAAACUCAGUAUUAUUUAAGUUCCAUGCAUAUCCGAUGUAUUCUGAUCUGUAAUCCGCGUCUCUCUGUGUAAAUACAAUUUGGGCAACAACUUGACAAGCA